AGACGUGCAUCCAGGAGGCAAAUCGUCUGAAUUUUAAUGAAGAAGGACUUGACCUGGAAAAAAAGUACUUCGUACUCCGUUCCUUGAUUUGUCUUGGAAAGACGCAGGAGGUUCUGGACGAAAUUAGCAGAAGCUCCACGAAGACUGCAGAGCUUUCUGCGAUCCAGAUCUUGGCUCAGUUCUUCGCUUCUCCUGAAAACCGUUCAUCUGCAGUGCAGGCGAUUUCUCAACUUCUCAACGAGGAGCUGUGCAAUACGCCUCUCGUCCGUAUCAUUGCGUGCACCAUCUACAACAACGUGAAUGAUUACGAGCAUGCCUAUCUGGUCGUAAAGAAUGCGGACAACAUCGAGGAGCUCUCCGUGCUGGUGUACACGUUGGUGCGUAUGAACCGCGUGGACAAGGCAGCUGCCGUGUACAAUCAGAUGUGCAAGAUCGAUGAGGAUCACGUUCUGACGCAGCUCGCGAAAACCUGGAUGAACAGCAACGGAGACGAGGAGAAAAUGAAGGAAAGCACGUACAUCUAUCGCGAGAUCAUGGACAAGCUGAACGAAAGUCCGAUGCUGGUUAGCAAUUACCUGAUGAGCAUGUUCCGAAGCCAGAGCGGCAGUGCAUUGGAUCUGGAGAAGGCGAACAAAUGCUAUGAAGGCUUGUUGGAGGAGUAUAACAAGGUAUGA